UGACCAAUCCAAGGGCUCGGUGUUGAAGGGUCCGUGAUGAGCCAAGAUGGCUGCGCCCGUGUAAUCCAGGCGGCGGCCGCUGACCUUUUUUUCCUCCCUGUCACCUGGCCCCUGGGGUGGUAAGCUGAGCACGAGGACCAUGCUGGGCCGGACUCUCCGAGAAGUUUCUGUGGCACUGAAAAGAGGCCAGGUUACACCCACAGAGCUCUGUCAGAAAUGCCUCGCCCUUAUCCAGAAGACCAAGUUUCUAAAUGCUUACAUUACUGUAUCGGAAGAGGCGGCCUUAAAGCAAGCAGAAGCAUCGGAGAAAAGAUAUAAGAAAGGCCAGUCACUGGGAGACUUAGAUGGAAUUCCUGUUGCAGUGAAAGACAACUUUAGUACGACUGGCAUUGAGACAACGUGUGCAUCAAACAUGCUGAAAGGUUAUGUACCACCUUAUAAUGCCACAGUGGUCCAGAAGUUGUUGGAUCAGGGAGCUCUACUGAUGGGAAAAACAAAUUUAGAUGAGUUUGCUAUGGGAUCUGGAAGCACAGAUGGAGUGUUUGGGCCGGUUAAAAACCCCUGGAGUUAUUCAAAACAAUAUAGAGAAAAGAGGAAGCAGAAGCCCCGCGAUGAGAAUGAUUCUGAUUGGCUCAUAACUGGAGGAAGCUCUGGGGGCAGCGCGGCUGCCGUAUCAGCAUUCACAUGCUUUGCAGCUUUAGGAUCAGAUACAGGAGGAUCCACCAGAAAUCCAGCUGCCCACUGUGGGCUCAUUGGUUUCAAACCAAGCUACGGCUUAGUUUCUCGUCAUGGUCUCAUUCCCCUGGUGAAUUCAAUGGACGUGCCAGGAAUCUUAACCAGAUGUGUGGAUGAUACAGCAAUUGUGUUGGGUGUAUUAGCUGGACAUGACCCCAAAGAUUCUACCACGGUACAAGGUCCUGUAAAUUCAUUCUUGCUUCCCAGUUUGACAGAUGUGAGCAAACUGUGUAUAGGAAUUCCAAAGGAAUAUCUUGUACCAGAAUUGUCACCUGAAGUACGCUCUCUUUGGUCCAAAGCUGCUGAUCUCUUUGAUUCUGAGGGAGCCAAAGUCAAAGAAGUGUCCCUGCCCCACACCUGUUACUCAAUUGUCUGCUACCAUGUAUUGUGCACAUCAGAAGUGGCAUCAAAUAUGGCAAGAUUUGAUGGGCUGGAAUACGGUCACAGAUGUGACAUUGAUAUAUCUACUGAAGCCAUGUAUGCCACAACCAGACGAGAAGGGUUCAAUGAUGUGGUGAGAGGACGAAUUCUCUCGGGAAACUUUUUCUUAUUAAAAGAAAACUAUGAGGAUUAUUUCAUCAAAGCACAGAAAGUGAGACGCCUCAUUGCUAAUGACUUUGUGAAUGUUUUCAACUCCGGAGUGGAUGUCUUGUUAACUCCCACCACCUUGAGAGAGGCAGUGCCGUAUUUGGAGUUCAUCCAAGAAGACAACAGAACGCGAAGUGCUCAGGACGAUAUUUUUACACAGGCUGUAAAUAUGGCAGGACUGCCGGCAGUGAAUAUCCCAGUGGCCCUCUCACGCCAAGGGCUGCCAAUAGGAUUACAGUUUAUUGGACCUGCAUUCUGCGAUCAGCAGCUUCUUACAGUUGCCAAAUGGUUUGAACAACAAGUACAGUUUCCUGUUAUUCAACUUGAAGAACUCAUGGAUGAUUGUUCUUCAGUCCUUGCCAAUGAAAAGUUAGCUUCUGUGUCUCUAAAACAGCAGUGAUGAAUACGUAAUGAAAUUAAAAUGACUUUCAGAGAUUCUCUA